UCUCUCUUUCUCUCUCUCUCUCUCUUUCUGCUCUCUCUCCAGAAGGCGAUCACCUCUUCUGGAUCUUUCCUCUCUGCUUAGCCGAAGAAACUUCUGGAGGUCCCGAUUACAGCAAAACCAGGAGAGACCGCCGGGUUGGAGGAGAACAUAUCUGAGCAGACACGAGCUGUAGAGUGAAGAAGAAGAAACCCCAACAAGCCAACAUGGCUCUGCUGUGCUACAACAAAGGCUGUGGACUGAAGUUUGACGCCGGCAAGAACAAGGAUGAUUCCUGCGUCUUCCAUCCAGGUGUCCCCAUCUUCCACGAUGCCCUGAAGGGUUGGUCCUGCUGUAGGAAAAGGACAACGGACUUCUCAGAGUUUCUCUCCAUUAAGGGCUGCACUCGGGGACGCCACAGCAACGAGAAGCCCCAGGAGCCUCUGCGGCCGGAGGUGUCAUCAGAUAAAGGCGAGAUUAAACACACCAACGGCGAGGAGAUAAUCUACCGGGGACCCAAAUCUGCUGAGACGCUGCAGAAAGAGAGACCCAGUUCAGAUGAGUCUAAGACCAAACUGCCCCACAAAGUGUCGGCAUCGCUGGCCCAGGCGCUGGAGAAACUGGACAUCAGCACGAAAGCUGAGAUAGAGAAGAAAGAGAGUCAAACAGUGAUGCCCGGGACCCGAUGCAAGAACGCAGGAUGCAAAACAGGCUAUCAAGGCCCGGAGACGGACAAGGAGGUCUGCACCCACCACCCCGGAGUUCCCGUCUUCCACGAGGGGUAUAAGUACUGGAACUGCUGCUGCAUAAGGACGAUAGAUUUCAACGCGUUCCUCGACCAGAAGGGCUGCAGCACGGGGAAACACCGCUGGGUCCCAAAGCAGGACAAGAAGAAGGUGGCGUGUCGAUUCGACUGGCACCAGACAGGAAAUAAUGUUGUCGUGACGAUUUACGCCAAGAAUGCACACCCAGAAUUUUCCUGCAUAGAGGCCAACCGGACAGUGCUCUCAUGUCAAAUCCAGUUUGAGAACAAUAAGAUUUUCAAGAGAGACUUCCGCUUCUGGGGCGUGGUCAACGUCAAGCAGAGCUCGGUCAACAUGGUCCCAUCCAAAGUGGAGAUCACCCUCUGCAAGGCCGACCCGGUGGCAUGGGGCAAACUGGAGGACCCCAACUACAAACCUGAGCCCGAGCCAGUAGAGAACUCCUCCGAAACCACAGAGUCUUACCAGCCCGACUACGACAUCGACGACAACGACAUCAGCGACUCGGACGAGGAGUGGGCCUACGACACGGAGGAGAAUAAAGCGCAGGAGCAGAAGAAAAGAGACGAGCAGAAGAAAAGAGACGAGCAGAAGAAGAAAGACGAAGACGAGCAACACUUAAAGAGGAAGGAGGUGGAGGAGGAGUUGAAGAAGGCGAUGGAGAGGAAGAUGGCGGAGGAGGAGAGGAAAAAGCUGGAGCAGCAGAGAAGGCAGGAGGAAGAGGGAGGAUUCGAAGACAUGCCAGAGCUCGAGUAACUCCUCCAAACAACAAGAUGAAGAUCUGAUUUGCAUUAGCGAGGUAGAGAACAACUUUCAUUGAAAUAGAUUUUUGUAAUGAAGCAAAUUAAAUGCUUAUUUCUGAAAUAAUUAGACUUUUGUAGCUUUAAAUCCAAAUGAAAUGUGCUACUUUACAACCGCUCUCUAACUUCGGAGGGGGAAAUUUAAGUGGUUGAUUCUCUUCUAUGAACAAGUUACAUUUUUGGUUGAAAACACACCGUAUCCUUUAUAUUUAGUUUAAUUAUAAUACUUGAAAUAGUGUGUUUUGUCCUCUUAAAAUGUGAACAUGCUCAACUUCAAUACAAGAAAUAAAGACCUUCUGUUUCUAUGUCCAAA